GCCACAGUCGAGUGAACAAAUAAACUGAAUAGUAUAGUCAUAAAAACAUUUAAUAUAUACAACUGCAAUUUAUGCCUUUCAUAUUAUAACUUGUUUAUCAGAAAGUAUAUGCUUUACAUCUAGAAGGAAAAUAGAAGCGCUCUGUAUCUAUCAGUGAGAUAAUGCGGAUAUGUGUUGCAAUACUUGUCCUCUUUUUAAUUCAAGAGACACAUACUGGAAAGGGGGAUAAAGGUAAAAAAGAUAAAAAGAAGAAGAAAGAAUCUGGCACCGAGGUCGUAGAUGCAGCAUUAGAAAAGCUGAAGAAAUAUUCCGAGACGGGUCAAAAAUUCUUAAGAAACAUUGCCUGUGUUGAAUCCAAGUAUGGUACAGACAAAAAUACAUACAGGAAAAACUACCAUGGAGGAAUAUGGCAGGUUGAUGAGGUGGGAUUUAAAGACACCCAAGAUACUAAAUCACAUCCUAAACUAAAAGAGCGCUUCAAAAAGAUCAAAGAGCUUUAUGGAAUAGACUGGGAGAAGGUUGAAUGGAAAGACUUGAGAAAACCAUUUUAUUCUGCCUUGGCAGCGAGGUUGCUUCUGCAAAACAAGGCUGAUGCACUACCCCCAGAAGAUGACAUCAGGAAACAGGGAGAAUACUGGAAGAAACAUUAUAAUACAGAAGAUGGAGCAGGAACUGUUGAUGAUUUUGUAAAACGGGUAGAAGAAUGCAAUAAGAAAGAAAAUAAAGAACAAGAAAAGAAAGACAAAGAAGAGAAAGAAAAAGAAAGGGCAGAGAAGAAUGAAACAGAAACUGAGGAGCAAACCCCUGAUAAACCGGAUGAUAAGAAAGGCCAGGAUGGAAACCAAACAGAAGAUGGCAUAGAAUGGGAUGCAUGCCCAAUAGGACCUGAUGUGUCAGAAUGGGAACGAUUGCUGCCCGAUCCUCAAAAAUGCAACCAUUUCUACCAUUGUAAUACAGAAGGGUGGGCGUGGUCAAAACCAUGCCCAAUAAGGGAGAAUGGAACACUGUUAAGGCUUUACUGGAACGAUGAGCUGAAGUUGUGCGACUGGCCAGAAAAUGUGGACUGUACAAUGAUUGAGACAUAAAGAAGUUUAUGUUACACAUUGCCAAUAACAUUCUAAAGUCGUUUUACUGUAACAUGCUAGUGCAAAAUAGCUAAAAGACUUAAUCAAGAUGAUUGAGUGCUUCAAUGAAAGUGCUUAAAUGUACAGAAUAUUACAUUCUUAAAUGAAAGGUGUUUGGAGUAAUUAUCCAAGAAAAGAGUAAAUAUUGUGACAUUAGAAAAACUGCUUUACAGUUGUAUUGAGAUAUCUAUUUGUUUGAGUAUUGUAUUUAAUGACAUACUCAUUAAUUUUAAUACAGGAUGAUAUGUGUAUACAAAUGAGAUAUUAGCAAUAAUUCUGCAGAUACACCUGAAUGUCGAUGAUUAAAUUGAUCACAAUGAACUUAAAUAAUUAACAAUUCAGUAAAAGGUGGAAACCAACAAUAUUAAACAAAAUCAACAUUAACAUUUCAGUUAUUACCUUUUUAAUGAUAUACCAGUAUAUUUUUGUAUUCUAAAUAAAACAAGCUUUGUAAAUAAGCAGGUCAAUUGCAAGCAUACAUUCUACUUUAAAUGAAUACUUUAUGAUAAAUUAAACAAAACAUGGAAAUUAAAUUUCAUCAACUGCAUCAUAAAAUAAUAUUGUAAUCUCAAAUGGAUAUUGACAAAAGUGAAAAACAUGUUUUACAAAAGCUCGAAAAAAUUUGCAAAGAUCAAUUCUGAGGACU